CAAGGAAGGCAACGGGUGAAUUUGUUCGCAUUAACUGUAUUUAUCUAUAAAACUCACGUUUUUUAGGUUUCAGUCAAAAUAAAUGAUUUCGUUUUGAAAAAGGGCAAAGUUUUACAACUCUUCCAGGCGUUUUUUGUUUCUUUUAGAGGUUUAAAUCAGGUUAGUUCCUGAUUAAAGGCCGUUGUUUUGGUGUUUGCAGCUGUUUUUAAUGAAACACGUGUUUGAUGUAAGAGUUUCUAUGAUGGCGGUGGCCUCGGGUCUCGGUAGCUGGUGAUGUUGAGGUUGACAGGUUUGUUCAGGGCAGUUAGGAGGAACUUCUGCAGCAACGAGAUGCCAAAGUUCUUCUACGCGGUCAGGAAGGGAUUCAAGCCGGGAGUUUACCAGACAUGGGACGAAUGUAAAACGCAGGUGCAGAAGUUUCCGGCCGCCUCGUUUAAGAAGUUUGCGUCUGAGCGGGACGCCUGGGCGUUCUACAGGGGAGAGGAGCCGUCGCCGCUGCCAGCAGUUCCUCAGGGGAAGACGGCCCCCAGGCCUCCGGAGCCGGACCCGGACUACUCUCUGCUCCCCAGACGAGCCCCAGAGCCGCUGGAGUACAUCCCUCUGGGGAAGAAGAGAUGCCACUCCGACGAGGACGCGGGGCAGCAGACCAAACGAGUGAAGCCGGCGGAGCCGUCGGAGCCGGCAGAGCCGUCCUCGGCCCAGAGCUCCGACGGAUUCACCUACAUGGGAGACGCCGUGGUCGUCUACACGGACGGCUGCUGCUCGGCCAACGGGAGGAAAGGAGCCAGGGCCGGCAUCGGCGUGUACUGGGGCCCCGGACACCCGCUAAACGUUGCAGAUCGUCUGGACGGACGACAGACCAACCAGCGCGCAGAGUUACAGGCGGCCUGUAAAGCUCUGGAACUGGCCAAAGAGAAUAAGAUCAAGAAGCUGGUGCUCUACACCGACAGCAAGUUCACCAUCAACGGCGUGACGGCCUGGGUGAAGAACUGGAAGCUGAACGGCUGGAGACUGAAGUCGGGGGGUCAGAUCACCAACAAGGACGACUUUGUGAAGCUGGACCGGUUGAACACGGAGCUGGAGGUCGUCUGGCUGCACGUCCCGGGCCACGCCGGUUACCACGGCAACGAGGAGGCGGACCGGCUGUCCCGGGAAGGAGCGGCCAAGACUCUGGAGUAGAGACGGGGGUAGAGACGGGGACGGGGGACGUGUCCUCUGGACCCGGAGGUUUGUUCUGACGGCGGAGCGAUGGAGCGACGGACUCCCACAGCAGCUCUGACCGCCGGAGCGGUUUCUUUUCAACGUCUGUUUCACUUGUUUUCUCUUAAUAAAGUUUUAUGUUUCAGCUGUAAACACUUUCU